AUGGAAAAUAAAUCGAUGUCUUCGAAGCUUCAACAGCGAAUACAAGUAGCUCAAGCGGAGAGACGCUUUUAUGAAGCACAUCAGCUCUACAAAACAGUCUACUUCCAAUGUUCAUUACGAAAAAACUACUCCAAAGCCGUUGAGAGUUUGCUGGAGGGAACCAAAUUCCUCUUUGAAAAUCAACAGUGGGAAAGCGGUAGUGAUUUAGCCUGUCUUUUCGCCGAUGCUCUUUUGAAAAGUGGUCAGAAAUUGACCGACGGUCAUCUGAAUGAUUUGUGCCAGCUAAUUGCUGCCAUGCCAUCAACUUGUGUGGAUCGGGGCAAGUUUAUUCAAAAGUGCCUCAUGCUCCUCUCAAGUAACGAGGCAUUACUGUGCACCUUUAAUGAGUUUCUCGGAAGGCAGCUUCUACAGGAGGGCUCUCUACCCCAGGCACGAAACCGAAUUAUGAUGGGUGGCAAUGGUUUUAAAGUUGGCUGUUUCCUCAUUGAAAUGCACCAGCGUUAUGGACUUGUCUCUGAAAUCGACCUUUUUAUUGCCCAGGCUGUGCUUCAAUUUCUCUGCGUAAAAAAAACUUCAGUGGCCGCUCUCACCUUCUAUACUUACACGAGACGCCACCCCAAACUCGAACCUGGGCCUCCUUUCACCCAAUUUCCCCUGCUCAAUUUCGUGUGGCUCCUGAUGCUGGCCAUCGAAAGAAACUUGAGUCAUGAUGUGCUUUCAUUUCUCUGCGCUCACUAUCGUCCCCAAAUCUCUCGGGAUCCAAGUUAUGCUGAGUACCUGGAAAAAAUUAGCCAAGUCUACUUCGGCGUAAAGCCGCGCAACAAUCCCUUUACAGGAAUGCUAUCUAAUCUCGUAAGGAUGCUGGGUGAUGACCAUGGUGGGGACGACGGUGAUACUGCUGUUGGGGCAGGCUCACCCUCAACCUCCUCAAACACUAUGCAUGUUGAUGAAAUAGACUAG